GACAAUAGACCGUAUCUGUCAAUCAGAUCAUGGUCUCAUAACCAUCGUAUCAUGUUUUCUUUUGACAAAAAAAAUGCUGAAAAGCAAGCAUUUGUAGAUAAGGCUAGGUCAGAGCGUGAGAAACGAGAAUUGCAACGUGUUAAGCAAAAAGAAGAACAAAAACAUGCACAAGUUGUCAAUGUGAUACAAACUGCAUAUAAAAAACAUCUUCAAAGAAAGAAAGAUAUCAAACAUUUACGAGAACUAUGGGAUAAUGAUGUCUUAUAUUCUGAUGGCAACGGGACAAAUUCAACAUUUUCCGUUUCCUCAAUUGAAAUUCUUGAUUAUUCAUACUUGAUGUUUGCUUUCUUCAAUCCGUCUAAUGAUGCAAACGAUCUUUCGAGAUUUUCGUAUCUUUGCAAAAUGAUUUUAUCCACAACUACUCCUUCAAUACCUGCAAAGUCUCAAACACAAGAAACUUCAAAUACUGUUGUACCAUUUCAUUCUCUACUGCUUAAUGAACGAUACAGAGUGAUGGUGUUGAAAAUUAUGAAAAAAAUACUUUGGCAGUGUGUCAUUUGUGUUGUCGGUUUUUUGCAUGAUAUUACUCCAAAUUCUUCUAAGCCUUUGUAUCUUUCCGGUCCGGAAUUACGGCUACUUAUAUACUUUCUUGAUUCCAAAAAUUAUAUUGUCAAAGGAACUAGUGCUUCUUAUUCUUCUAUAUGGAGUCAACAACUUGUAAUACUUCAUGAUUAUCUCAUUCAUCAGGGAUUUUACAAGCAAUUUGGUUAUGGAAUAAUGCUGCGUGUAAAUUCCAUUCUUUCUCUUCAAUCAAGGGCUGCAAAAGCUGAAUUAUUAAAUGAUGAUAAGAAACUUUUAAAAUCGUCUCAAUUAUGGCUAAUGGCAUGCCUUCGAUGCUGCUUGUUUCCUUUGAGUUUAAAUAAUGAUGUUGAUAUGGCAUUAAACAAUUCACAGUCAUUAGAAAUGUCUCAAAGCAAUGUACAAGAUAGUUCA